AUAUAAAAUAUUUUUUCAUAUGAGUAAUUCAGAGGAGAAUAAAAUAAAAUUUAAAAAAAAAUAUAAGAAAGCAUUAAGAAAACGACAAGUUUUAUUGGAUGAAGAUGAUAAUGAAGAUGAAGAAAUAUCUAUCAGAGAAAAAGUUGAAGAAAUGAAAAUUAUACAGAAACUUCGUGAACGACCAAAAGGUGUUAAUGUCGUUGGAUUAGCCCUUGGAGAAAAUGUAACACCUGAUGUAAUAAUGUCAGAUCCAUUUAAUGUAAAAACUGGAGGAAUGGUAAAUAUGGCAGCAUUGAAAAAUACAAAAUUAAAACAAAAUGAUGCAUAUGAAACUGGAAUUGGAACACAAUUUAAUGCAGAAACUAAUAAACGAGAUGAAGAUGAAGAAAUGGUAAAAUAUAUUGAAGAAGAAUUAUCAAAAAGAAAAAGUAAAAAUGAGGACAAAACAGAAAAUGGAUUAAAUAAUGAUAAAGGAUCUUAUUGUUCACCAGAAGAAGCAGCUUUGCAAGCAGUACCUGAACAUUUAAGACAAAGUUCUGCACAUAGAAGUGAAGAAAUGCUUUCAAAUCAAAUGUUAUCUGGUAUACCAGAAGUAGAUCUUGGAAUAGAGGCAAAGAUUCGUAAUAUCGAAGCUACAGAAGAAGCUAAGUUAAAAUUGCUUUGGGAUAGACAUAGAAAAAAGGAUGGUCCCUCACAAUUUGUACCAACAAAUAUGGCUGUGAAUUUCGUACAACAUAAUAGAUUUAAUAUAGAAGAUACAGAUUUCCAGAAAUCAAAACAAGAUUCUGAUGAUAGGAAAAAGAUAAUAGCUCCCAGAGACGAUUAUAAAGGGAAAAGAAAAGACAAUGGAGAAAAGGCAACUGAUGAUUAUCAUUAUGAAAGAUUUAAGAAGCAAUUUAGACGAUUUUAAUAUUAUUAAUAUAGAAAUAAAUAAGAAUUAUUAUUUCUGUUAUAUAUAUAAUAUAUGUAAAAUAAAUUUUAAUCAAUAUUAUAAAAAUGAUUAUUUAAAAUAAAGUAUAAAUUAAAAUAUAAAUCUAAAAACUUAA